GGCCAGAGGCGGAGCGACAUCUCGCGUGAUGUGCAUGUGGAGGACCGUGUCAGUGAUGGCGGACUGUAACGGUGUUGAUGGCUGGAGUUCUGUUUAAAAACAGAAAUGAAGGCUCCAAGCUUUUUGAUUCUUCAGUCAAGUUCCUGAUCGUGGCUUCCCACAAUGGAAUACAUUAUAACACCCAAGGUAGAGCAAGUAAAGUUACUAGACCGGUUUACUUUUAAGAAGCCAGCUGUAGGAACACUUUACUUGACUGCGACACAUCUGAUUUAUGUAGAAUCAUCACCAGAGAUUCGCAAAGAGACAUGGAUUUUGCACCAUCAUAUUUCAGCGAUAGAGAAGCUCCCCCUUACUUCUACAGGAUACCCAUUGCUGAUUCAUUGCAAGAACUUCAGAGUUGCUCAUUUCAUUAUUUGUCGAGAACGUGAUUGCCACGAUGUUUACAGUUCACUUCUCAGACUGUCACAACCAGUGGUGUUUGAGGAACUUUAUGCUUUCUCAUACAACCCUAAGCAGACUGAAAUGAGCAGAGGAAUGGGUUGGAAAAUAAUAGAUAUAGAAGAUGAUUUCCAGCGUAUGGGAGUACCAAAUGAAUACUGGGAACAGACUGAUGUAAAUGAAAAUUAUGAGAUUUGCAAUACCUAUUCAACAUUUCUGUGUGUUCCAAAAGAGGCGAGCAAGCCAGUAAUAGUGGGCAGUUCUAAGUUCAGAAGUAGAGGGCGGUUUCCUGUUCUUUCAUAUUUUUUCAAGGAGAAUAAUGCUGCCAUUUGUCGGUGCAGUCAACCGCUUUCAGGGUUUAGUGCCAGGUGUAUGGAGGAUGAACAAAUGCUACAAGCUAUCAGCAAGGCCAAUCCAGGAAGUCCAUUCAUGUAUGUGGUAGACACGAGACCAAAGUUAAAUGCCAUGGCAAACAGAGCUGCUGGAAAGGGAUAUGAAAAUGAAGAUAAUUAUUCCAACAUUAGAUUCCAAUUUAUUGGUAUUGAAAACAUACAUGUGAUGAGAAACAGUUUACAAAAGCUUUUAGAAGUAUGUGAACUGAAGGCCCCAUCAAUGAGUGAGUUUCUCACUGGCUUGGAAAAUUCUGGGUGGCUUCGUCACAUUAAAGCAGUUAUGGAUGCUGGUGUCUUUCUAGCAAAGGCAGUGUCUGAAGAAAAGGCCAGUGUGUUAGUCCAUUGUUCUGAUGGGUGGGAUCGUACUGGUCAAGUUUGCUCGUUGGCUGCCCUUCUCCUGGAUUCCUACUACCGGACAAUAAAGGGAUUUAUGGUUCUUAUAGAAAAAGAAUGGAUCUCAAUGGGACACAAAUUUUCCCAAAGAUGUGGGCAUCUAGAAGCUGACCCUAAAGAAAUUUCUCCUGUAUUUACCCAGUUUAUUGAAUGCACUUGGCAUCUGAUGGAACAGUUUCCAUGUGCUUUCGAGUUUAAUGAGAAGUACUUGUUGGAGAUCCACGACCAUGUUUUUUCUUGUCAAUUUGGCAAUUUCAUUGGAAACUGCCAGAAAGAACGCCAUGAGUUGAAGCUUCAAGAGAAAACGUAUUCCUUGUGGCCAUUCCUAUUGGCAAAGCAAUACCCCUACCAGAAUCCUCUGUAUAAACCCAGUGCAGUCAACAUUGUGUUAAAGCCCAAUACUGCCCCUUUUAACUUCAAGUUCUGGUGUGGUAUGUACAACCGUUUUGAUAAAGGAAUGCAGCCAAGACAAUCAAUCGUAGAUUGUCUGCAUGCUUCAAUGAAACAGAAAACAGACUUCGAAGAAACUGUCGCAGAUUUAAAUCAGAAACUAACUCAUCAGGAUAAAUCACAUUCUGAUUCUACUUUUAUCUUACCAAUGAAACUUUCUAUUGAGGAAGAUUCCACCCACUUGCAAGUAAUUGGUGCUCCUCAGGACUAUUUGGAAGAAGAACAAAUGAUGUUUACAAAUGGUGCAGAAGAGGUAAUUGAAACUGUUUCUGCUGGGAGCAAGGAAGUGGAUAAUGUAACAGACUCAUCUUUCAAAUGUCAGUCUACUUUGAAUAACAUUGACUCCCUUGGGGUAGUCAAGUUGAACAUACAUGUGGACGAAGACAACCAUCAAAUAUCCCAAGAUAUGAUUGAAAAAUAAUUACUUAUCUCCAUACAAUUGUAUGUAUUUGUUCACAAAUGUAUUCAUCUUGAUAUAAAUUAUCAUUUUUCAGAAGUGUCAGAAAUGGAAAAUGCCAGCAGAUAGUCUUUAACAAAGGGAAGAUACCCCAAGAUCUUUCGGGGAACCUGGCUGCUUAAAUGAGAGGAUAGGUUUCAAAGGGAAAUGUUAUAAAAUAAGACUUUGUGUGGAUUCUCAGUUGCCAGAAGCCCUAUAGAAAUUUAGUGGACUGUUCAUAAUGGAUAGGAAAUUGUGCUCAUUUUCCACCUGAAUUCCUUAUGCAUUUCUAGUGGUGAAAUGCAGAUUUUAUGAACUGACCAAUUAUUGAAGCCUGUCUUCACGAAUUUCUUAAAACUUAAUAGACCAACUUGAGUAUGUUGCUUCAUUGUAGUGUUUUAGCGUUUUACUACUGAAGAAGCCAGUGUUGGGUGUGGUGAACGCUUUUGAGAAUCCCAAGCUGGCUGUUUUGUAUAUAUGUUUUCUAAAUUGGAAGUUCUUAAAGUUUUAGAUUAAAUACUUUAUAUAAAGAAUAAACAUCAUUACAUUUCCCUUUUUAAUUUUUCUCCAGUCUUCUCCCAUUACCUGUCUUUCUGUUCCCCUUACUCAGAAAUAGUUCCAUGGCUACAACAAGCCCACUGAUAUGUUGCCAAAGUGCCUGUUCUAUCUGUAAUCCAACAAAAUAAGUUAUUCUCCAAUGAUAUUUGAGUCUAAUUCAGUUUGUGACAAAUCUCUGCCACAUGCAAAAAUUACUACAUCAUAAUUAGGGAUAAGAGCUGACAUUUUUAAGGCCAGCUACUCCCCUAACUAAGAGAAUUCACUUGACCUAUGAGAUGUGGGGAUUGAUUCAUGAAUUCGUAGUCUUCGAGUGAUUCAGAACCAGCUUGUAUUGGAAGACGCUUUCUAGGCCAAAUCAUUGGAGGAAGCUGUAUUUCACUUUAUUGUUUCUGCAAGACAAUUUUUGGAUUGUCCUGUUCUAUAUAUUGUGGACAGUAUUUGUAAUUAGCAAAAGGUUUAAUAGCUCUUUGAGUGAUUGUGAGACAUUAUCGUUUCACAUUUUGCCUGCUGUUAAAAUAGAUUUGUUGUUUUAUUUUCCAUGUUAGUCAGCGCCUAUUUCUUUAUCAGACUUCAUGAGGAAACUCCUCAAUGUCUCAAUAAUGGUUAGAAUUUUACAAAAUAAAUCAUAAAAUUGCCAUAAGUGGAAUUUUAUUAUAAAAUGCAUCAAUAUACUUCUGUAAGACUGAACAUUUGGUUCAUACAUCAGGAUGGAAAGUAAGGGUCUUGUUAAUACAUUGUUAUUGUGAUGAACAGUGCUGUGGUUCAUGUUGGGAGUGCAUUCAUUUGCAAACCGGCUCCUAUUCGCUCAAGGUUGCGCAGCACCACCUUUCUCUCAGGCUUUAGGUCACCCAUUUAUAAGGGUAUUAAUAUAAAGGGUAUAAAGAGUAUAGAAGGAAUAGUCGAAGUGUAGUUUAUAUCAGUAUUCCUAAUGGAUACACCAAAGUCCUUCUGGACAUCAUUUAAUAGUUUUGCACUUUUAAAAGAUAUUGAUUUUCCAUCCUUGCAACCAAAACAAUGUCAUUUCAUUUGUUAUUUCGUCCAGUCACUUAAUCUGUCUAUAUUUUUCUAUAACCACUUUUUAUGGUUUCAUCUCACAGUUUAAAUUCCCACUUUGUAUUGUAGAAAAUGAUUUUACAUAUUCUUUUGUUGGAAAUCUUCUAUCAGGAUUAUUGGGUACCUGUCAAAUCUAUAAAAGCUGAAAUGUCAACCCUUCAUUUGUAUAAGAAUUAGCAAAUGCUGAUUUUUUUUUUUUUAUUUACCAGAAUACAUGUUUGCUUUGCCCAUACUUCACCAAUUUAUUUUAUUUAAAUACUUACAAUAAAAGUGCCAGAUUCUAUACUCUUUUGGCAGUCUGCAGAGAUACUUGCACUAUUAGUUGGGGUCCCUGGAUUUCAAAACAGCAUAAACUGUGACUGACUCCCCAUUUCCUCAGACAGAUGCUGAGGCCCUUUGAGAAGUCUUUUUAAUAAUUCUAAAUUAAGACAACUGCCAGCACAGAAUGUGAAUUUAGUUUAAGACCUUUACGACUUAUAUGGCUCAGUUGACUUUUAUCUUGUUCAUAUAUUCCUUUCUUAAACAUUUUAAGGAUAGUGUUACAUUGAAAUUGACUUGAUUUUUAAAUAGUGAUUAAGUAGACUUUAAGAAAGCUUGAAAUUUUACCCUACAUGAAGGCAACUCAAUGAGAUUAUGUAGAACGCGACUGAUUAUUAAUUUCUAGGUUUUUUUAUUUGUCUCCUUUUGUGAAUUGUAAAAGUUGUUGUCAGAUCAGAAUAAGCAAAAUGACCUGCAGUCAGUAAAGGAACUUUAAUUUUUUUUUAAUUGUCAUGUAGUUUGAUUGCAGAUCAUUGUUUAAUUUGUGCUAACUGCUACUGUAUAAGUUUGUUCUAUAAGUUUCUAUGGGUAGCAUGGUGCUUGUCAUCGAAGUAUUAAUUGAGGCUUGAACCAUAUGCUUUCGUAUACAGUAUUUCCUUUCAGUUUUCCAGCAGCUGCAUUGUUUCCUUUACAACAAUAUUCAAUAUUAAUCUGUACAGUAAAAUCAAACAGGGAAAGACUUACUGUUGCUGCUCAAAUGUUGAGUAAUUAUUCAGUAAGUGAACAAAAUUCCUUUAGAUUUCACCAUCGCUUUGAGUUAUAAUCUCUGAAUUAAUAGAUGUUGAACAUCAGCUCAAAACUGUAUUUUUCUGAGCUGUUUUCUAAUAGGGAAAUUGCUCCUGCUUAUAUGAUUGUGAUCAGCAUUUCUUCUCGGCUACAUGAAUGCAUGACUGCACAGCACUCGAAGAACUCAAUGCUCACGAGAUAAACAGGCUGCACCUGAGUAGCAGUUCCUUUAAGAUUAAAAAAAAUUUUUAAAUAUUUAUGACUGAUCAAAAUUUUAGCUUGGAGUUUACUGCAUAGAGAGCAGUUUGGGAUGUGCUGAGAGAGUGUUGUUGCCUGUGCAUUUUUAUCCUCCGUUUUACCACCUAUCCUUCCAUGUUGUUAAUUUGUGUUGGUGUUUAAUUCAAGAAGCAUUGGAUGUCUUUUGUUAUCAUUUUCGAAUUCCCAUUAUUUAUGAGGGUCUGAUGGUAGCUGUAGGUAAGUUAGUUGUCAUAUGUCACUGUUUGUUUAAUGUGUAUUUCUUGUUAUAAUUAAAUGAUAGUGAUCAGCAGAGGAACCACGGGGUUUUUUUUUACUUUCUCCUUCUCAUCUAAGUCAGGAUGGUAAUGACAUUUGUACAGCCCUUACUUAUUGCCCAAAUUAGACUGUGUUGAGUACUAAUGGGUCAACUUUGCUAUUGAGGGAAAUCAUUUUUGUCAAAUUUAAAUUUUUCAACUUCUCACUAUUAUAUGCAGCAGUAACUCCAGCUGUUACUCUUUUUGACUAUUUUUACCCUCCUGAAGACAGCCUUUGCAGUUGGAUUUUUAACAAGCCCUUGAUGUUUCGAUACUUACUGAAUUUUUUGUUCUCCAUACAAGUGAGUCUGUGAGCUUUGGCAGUCUAUUUCACCAUUAGUACGUUAUAACCAAAUUGGAUGAUAUCCUCAUAUCACUAUGCAGGUGCACUGUUUGCAGAGGUCAAGUGGUAAUGACGAGGCACUGAUAUCCCUCCAUUCUAAUUCAGGUGUAAAAUGUGACAUGCCAGCAGGCUCUUAUUCUACCCUCUGUCAAUGAGUGUAUCAUUUUGAGUACUGGAUUAAAAUUGCAAGCAAGAAAGCACACUGAUUUUGUUUUACUCUCUUGUUUUCCCAAGAGAAACUGCUGAGGUUAAAGUGCCAAAUAACAGUACUGCAGAUAUUAGAGAUCUAAAGUGAAAAGUACUGGAGAAACUCCACAGGUCUGGUAGCAUCUGCAGAGAGAGAAACAGAAUUAAUGUUUUGAGAUCAGCAUGUCACUUAGGAUGGAGGAUAGGAAAUUAAUUUUCAUCUACUUUGUGAACAUACAUUAUUAUGUUGAUAGUUCCCUACCCUUUAUGAUGAUAAUUAUUAUGUGAAUAUCAAUAAUUCAGCUUCUGAACAAUCAUACUCCCAACUGUGGAAAUUGAUAUGGUGGUACCUUGAAUGGUUAGUCUCUGUUUUACCCCUAUCUAAAUUAAUUUUCAUUUCUUCAGAAUGUUGAGCUGUUCCUUCUUUGCAUCUGCACCAUCUCCUUGGCCUGAGCCCAUGUACGAACAUCAACUUCUCCAGGACCCCCAUGCCCCAUGGUGAUACUUGAUGUAACAUGAUCAAAUCCUUUAUAAUCAGCAUUUGGAGAGUGUUAGUAAAAUUUGUGAUGAGUAAAGAAAUUUGUCAUAAAUGAUAGUCAUUUGGAUGGUCCCUGUAUGAUAAAUGGGACUGAAAGUUAACCACUUUGGAGCCAUUAAUGAAAGAUCAGUAAUCUGUACUAAAGUCCUGUUUCUGUAUCUAGCUGGUUAUGAAUUGGUUGUGAUACACAACUUUAAACCUAUUUUUUGGUUCUUGUCCUCAUCUAUUAGCCUUGCACCAUUCCAAAUUUCCUUCUAAACUGCUGUUGUGCAGCUACCUAAGGUUCCUGUGCAGGUUCAUAAAAGUCAGUCUAUUUCAGUUGUCAUAUGUGUGUGUGACCGACACUUUAAAAAAAAUAAUAAAAUGCCUGUACUCAUCAACAAAAUCACCUCUGAUAUUUUAAUCAGUUCUGCUUUCCUUUAUUCGUUCUAAAUUUUAGCUCACCUUCCUUUUCCCCUGCCCUUAUACUUGUAAAACCUGUUGCAUCUGUAACAUUUUCUAGUUCACCACCUAAACAUUGUACCUAUUUCUCAUUACCUGGGUUGCUGAAUAUUUCCAGCACUUUGUUUAUAUUUGAGAUGUUGAAUAUCAACAGUAUCUUACCUAAAUUUGUUAAACAAAGUUAAGUUGUAUUUUCAAAUAAUGCUGAGUCUCCGAAUGAAUGAUCAGUUUUGGUUUAAAUCAAUAUUGCCUAAGCAGUAACCUUUUUAGCUUACUGAGGAAACUAGAUUGUAUCAGGAAUUUCCUUUUCACCUGAAUUAGUGAGAUUUAGUUUUGUUUUCACCAUCGCUUGUCACACUUAUAAAUGUGGUUAGUCAAAGAAAUUCUCAAUCUUUUGGAGCUUUAUGUAGUUAAUUCAGUGUGUUAUUUGAAAAUGGGAUAAUAUUACAGUUUAAAAAAAAAUUACAUUGCGUGCCACACAUGGUUUAAUACAAAUAUAUUUGUAAAAUAUUUGAAAUUCUAUUAUUUGGAUAUGCCAGAAUAUGUACACUUUUUGUUCAUUAUUCAGUAAGACUUAUAUUUGGACAUUUCUAAACACCUUACUGUUUCAAUGUUCCUACCUCCUCCCCACCUAGCUCACCAAAGCAAAUUGGGAUAUAGGAACAAAGCUGAAUGAUUUAGCCCCUUGAACCAGUUUUACCAUUCAGUUUGCUAAUGGCUGAUCUGUAGCUUAACUCCAUCUAAUUGAUUUUGUUCCACAAUCCUUAAUACCCAACAAAACCUAAUUAAAAACAAGAAAAAAACAAAGAAUUGCGGAUGCUGGAAAAAAAAACCUAAAUUGCUGGAAAAACUCUGCAGGUCUGGCAGUAUCUGUGAAGAGAAAGGAGAGUUAAAUUUGAGUCCAAAACUUUCUUCAGUACCUUCUUCAAUUGACCUUAGUUUUGAAAUUUAUAAUUAGCCCAGCCUCAGCAAAUCCUGCAGGAGAGAGUUCCUACUUUUUCUCCCAUAUUAUAUGUAAAAGUAUUUUCUGACAUUAACUUCGACCUAUAACUCUGUUUUAAAGAUAUUAUCCUUUUGUUCUCUCCAGCCCUCUGCUUACCUGCCUUUUCGCUGCCUCUCUAUAUUAAAACUAGAGACAUCUAUUAAAUUUUGCAAUUCUAAUGAAUAUUCACCAUGCUGUUAUGAGCUCUCUCAGCAGAAAAAUGUGCCAUGUCGGCCAAGACUAAUUUUGUGAAGGAGCUAGAAACUAAUGUAGGACCUCUGUUUCUGUGUACAGUGGACCUGAUUUCAAUUUUGAAUACAGCAUAUGAAUUUAUAUUUUCUAGUCACGUGAUGACCAGAUUACUUCAGUCAUUAAAACGAAAACCAUAUCUUUACCAAAUUUGAUCCUUUGUACUACUGAAUGAAUAAACUCCUGUAUUUUAUUAGAACACAAGCAACAUUUUCAGGGAAGACAAUUCAGUACUGUCCCAUUUUGUGUUUAAAACUAAUUUCCACAAGAUGUAUAAUUUAUUUUUGAGGCCAAAUUGUACUGCAAACUCAAUCUAUACACUUGUAUUCCAGACAAGAAUAUUGACUAUGUAUCAGAAAAGGGAAUCCUAUCUGUCUUUUCCUUAUUCAAAGGUGUUGAAGUGACAUAUAUUCCCAGUUGAGAUCAUCUAACUUGGCAAAAAGCCUUUACCAACUGACGUAAUCAGAGAAAAUCUGUAAAUUAAUAAGUAUGUUGACUAAUUACAAAACAAACAUGUUUAUUUGUUUGCCCUAAAAGGGAAUAAGUUAUUCAAUGUGCACUACUUUUAAAGAAUGUUUUGUGAAUCAAGCCAUGAAAUAUUUUGUACCAGCAUACUUGUCUUUAUCAUUCUUGUACUUGUAUUUGUAAGCAGUAAAAUGUUCUUUUUUGUAAAUAAUAAAAAUAUUGAGUUUA